UGGUUUUUGUGGCGCAUGUGUGUGUUUGCUCUUUUCAGAUCUCAGUUAGUGAGCUUUUAUCAGCUUUGAAUAUCCGUUAGCGACUGUUUGUGUACGUAAUAUUUACUGCAUGAAAUCAUAUUGUCUGCGGACACAUUAUUUUCCUUUACAGUCAGUAUUAUGACAGUACUGUGGUACAAUGAUGCAUCAAAUGUUAAUACCACAGUACUAUUAUUUACCACGGUUAUUUAAACCAUACUCGAGGUGCUUUACAGGUUACAAUACGUGUCUGAACAAACAAGAUAGUUUGUGUGGUAGCGCAGUGCAGAAGUGACAGAAUACAAAGAACUAGAGCAAAAAACAUUAUUAUAUUGUGAUAGUAAAGGUAGAAGUGAAAUUGCUGUUAACUGAUAAACAAAAUGCUUUUUGCUUUUGUACUUUAGUGCAUUUAAAAAGUGUUAAGUUUGCUAAAAAAUAAACAUUUGCUAAAUGUUUACUCACCCCCAGGCCAUCAAAGUUCUAGUUGAGUUUGUUUCUUCAUCAAAUUUGUAGAAAUGUAGCAUUCCAAUCACUUGCUCACCAUUGGGUCAUCUGCAGUAAAUGGGUGCCGUCAGAAUGAGUGUUCAAGCAGCUGAUAAAAACAUCACGAUAAUCCACACGUCUCGAAAAGCUGCGUGUUUGCAAUAAACAGAUUUUAAUGGUGGAUUUGUUUCUAACAAACACUAGUUUAGAGCAUUGAUUCUCAACCAUUCCAUCUAAAGAUGAUCUUUAUAAAUAAAUAAACUCAUAAAUGUGAUGUUAAUGUUGGACAACUUCAAUUUUUUAUAUAUAUAUAUAUUUUUGGGCUUUUGUGCCCUUAAUGGACAAGACAGUAGAGGGUGACAGAAAAGUACUGGGCAGAGAGAGAGAGAGAGGGGAGCAGGAUCGGCAAAGGUCCUCGAGAGUACAAAUCCUGGACCAGAGAUUGUCAAACUACAUCACUCUAUCCACUGCUGAUAGAUGGAAAGUAGACUGUAGAGGUUGAGUCGGGUAGGAGGAGCCGGUGGGUACGUUGAGACACCUGGGCAUCUGAGUAUUGGUUUGUCACGUGACCAAACAAUCUUGAAGUGCACAUCAUAUCCUGCUGUCUGUAAAUGAGAGAAACACUAGAAAAAAAUUGGAAAGCGAUCAUGCCUCGGAACUAUAUUCGUAAAACGGACUGGGGUUCAGUAACCUAUGAGGAGCUGGAGAAAGCAUUCGUUGAAGUCAAGCGUGGGAAAUCUAUCAGAACAGUGGCUAAAGAAAGAAAGAUCGGCAGGUCCACCCUGCAGCGGUACAUGAAGAAGGCAGAAGAAAAAAGAGAGAAAACCGUCGGGUACAGAGGAACGGCAGAAGCCAGGAGGAUCUUGUCGGAGGAGUUAGAGGAGGAGCUUGCAGAAAACAUUCGGAUGCUGGCUGAACGCCUGCACGGCCUCACUCCAAAGAAAUGCAGAGAAAUCGCAUUUGAAUUUGCACAGAAGAACAACAUUCCCGUCCCCAACAACUGGGGAGAGCAGAGGUUAGCAGGUCGAGAUUGGCUCAGUAGUUUCAUCGCCCGCCACAAUCUCUACAGCCACAUAACUGAAGCCACAUCUUUGGGAGGCCAUGGACAGGUCAUCAGUUUCAGUCUCAUCAACCAGGAUGAAAUCAAGCAAGAAAUCAAAGAGGAGAGCGACGUUCCUGUCUCGAUUCAUCACACUUCAGAGGAGGAGAGCACUGAAAUUUGUGAUUCAGACCGAGAAAUUUUAGAUACUGACUUAUUUCUGACAUGAUAUUAAAUGAAGCACAAAAAAAGACAUUUUGGUGCUUACUUUAGGGGUGUUUUUAAGAAAAUAAGUACUUUAAAAUUGCUUUAAAUGAGGUCACGCAUUAAAUUAGCAUCAUUAUUCAAAAUUCUGUUCAUGCUGUUACUUAUAUAAAUCAUUCAGCUGUUUUCUUUCUCAAGAUAAUACAACAGAAUUGUUUCAUUUAAAAUAUGUAUUCAUAUAUGUAUUUAUUUAUUUGUAUAUUCCCAUAGCUUAACUACUAGAGCAUGGCACUUCCGACGCCAAGGUUAUGGAUAAACCUUCAACCCAAUAUCGAUCGUCUCUAUUUCUUUAGAUCUGUCUUAUAUCUAAAUUGUACUGUACAUAAAAUUGUGUUAGAACAUUAAAUAUGGUACGUUCAGAAAGUAUUCAGACCUUUUAUUUGGUCACAAUUUACAUAUUUUUUUACAUCAGUAUACACUGUAUAUACACUCCAUAACGACCGAUCAAAAACCAAGUUUGUGACAACCUUUAAAAUGUAUAUUAAAAAAAAAAACUGAACAACUUCUCUUUCUUGAUCAGUAAUGGUCUGGUCCAAUUAUGAAAUUGGGUUGAUGUUCUGUGAUGUGACAGAUCUAAUAAUCUAAUAAUCUUGAUGUAAUAACCAUGGACUUCCCAUGAAACACAUCAUCUUGAUGCCAGUAUAUGUAUCUGUACAAUCCUAAUACAUGCCUCCAUUUCAAUGGUACCUUCACAUAUUCCAGUCACCAAUGCUGUUUGCUCUAUUGCACUCCCAUACCAUGACAGUCAUUUCCACAUUCCAUCAUCUUUUUGA